AUGCAUAUCAAUGCUGAAAACUUGUCACGUCGGUAUAAUGGCGGUUCUAUAAGUAGGGAUAAUUUGGUAAAGAGGCGCCCAAAUCGCAUUCAAGAAAGAGCAGAUCCUCCAAAAAAUUCUCCCACAAGUACGCCAAAAACGCAAGUGAGUAACCCGAAUAAUUCUGUUAAAAACACUACUCCGGAUGGUAAACUGGUUAAUGAUAAAUCACCUGCUCAGGGACAGGGUCAAGAUAUAAGUUCUGGUGGACAGUCAGUUGAUACUAACCAGUCACCAUAUGCUAUUAUCACGGUUUGUGCUGUUUGUGGUGUAUGCCUUGUAGUUGCUGGCAUUUUCACGGUCGUAAAUAGGAAAAAGCGUCAGGAACUUACUGACAGCAUUGUUGCUACGUCAGCUGUUGCAUGGGAACAACAAGAUAUUGAAGAGUCGAAAGAAGAAGAAACGCUACAGCCCAUAGGUUCAUACACUGUCAUUGAUACGUAUGUGCCGACAUUGCCUGAUGAGUUGGAAAUACAAGUUGGUGACAAGGUUACAGUCCUAGUGAUAUAUGACGACGGCUGGGUACAGGGUAUUAACGAGACUCAAGGUGGUGUCAAAGGUGUAUUCCCACAACAUUGUGUGAAUAUGAACAUUUCCUUUAACAAUAAACGUUCGAGUUCAAUGGGAUAUACAAUCGUAGACCUGAACUAA